UCGGCACCAUGAGAAGUUAAAUAUUACAUUUAUAUAUUAAAAAUACAUUUAUUUAUUAAUAUCUGACUAAAAAUCAUGGAUUUACAAAAUCAAAUUACAUUUAAUUUCAAAGAUAUAAUAAUUGAUGAAAUAGCUUUAGAAGGACUCGAAGGCAUCGGCAUAGAUCUAUUAUGGAGACGAAUAGAGUAUCGUGCCUCGUCGCAAGUUACAAACAAAAUGAAAAUUCGUUUUUGGAAUUAUAUUAUUGACUGUAAAUGUAUAUCUCUAUAUCAAGUCCCCGAGCCUGUGCCCCAUAUUGAGAUUAUCGACAGAUUCACAAUAAUUGAUGAACAAAGUGGCCACUUGAAAGAUCCUGAAGAUUACAUUGAUGGCCCAUAUGAAUACCACCCAGUAGAAAAUGAUUUUGGAUCCUGUGCCAAUUAUAAAAAAAGAAUUUUGCUGGACAAAGAAAAGAUUAAAAAUAUGUCAUAUGCAGGAGUUGUGUCUAAAUAUAAUAAUUGUUUAGUUUUAGUAGCAUCUAUUGAAGAGAGAUGGCAUGCUCUUGCGCCUCAUUUACCUAUCAGCUUUUUGUCACAAUUGACACCAGUACAUUUCUGUAUUUUGGAAUUAACUGGAAAAUCAAGACACAAUGGACAAAUGACAGUUGGAAAAACAAAUCUAACAAAAAUAGUAAAAGACCCAAAACUAUUGUUUUAUAAUAGAAAAAUGUUACAAGACAUGGAUUUAAUUCGAGUUGUGUUUCUAACACAAGUAUUGGCUGGUAGAGGUGUCAAGAGUUUAAUAGUCAGAUUGAAAAGAUUUUACAAGAGUAUUAUCCUUUCAAUGCCUAAAGUAGGUAGGAUCCAUGAUCUUUUGAAUUAUUUGAAAGAUCAACCCAACUACAGUGAGAGAACUGAUGAGGUUAUAAAAAGAGGUUUCAUAUCCCAACAAAUGAACAGAAGACUUCAGAAAACUAUAAAUGUAUUUAAUUUCGUAGAAAAAUCUGUAGAUGAAGAACCAAUACCUGCAGGUAGCAAAAGGAAGCGCCCAGUAGCAAAGCGCUUUAUUUUUUUGGCACCUAAGAGUGACGAAUCAUCACAGUCAGAGGAUGAAUCUACUGAAGUUCCACCCAAGUUCCAGUACAAAGUUGGAGUUAAUCUCUUAAGACAGGCUUAUGAAAGAUUUCUUGAUGCUGGACUGAAUGGUUUAACCCAAGUAGAAUUGUCAUAUAUGUUAGGUAUCGAAUUUUACACUGCCAGAACUAUUUGCAAAGUGUACAAAGCAAAUGGAAUUGUAAGAGAAUGUUUGGUGGAUAAAGGGCGCCAAAGAACGGCCAGAUAUAUUGCUAUUGCUACCACAGGGCAAAUGGAUGCUAAGUAUGCUGAAGAAAAGAAAAAACUUCUUGAAUAUUUAGAUAUGAGUAAAAAUUUACAAACACCAUCUGUUUCCGGUGAAAACACUGUUAAAAUUAAAACUGAAAGUGAGGACAAUAAUAUAAACCCUGAGACUGCAGAAAAUGAUAUUAUGGAAGUGAAAACUUUCGAUGGUUACGAAAAUAUACACGGAAUAUCAUUGCUUAAUUCAAAGAAAAUUUUAACUUUGAGACAGUUAAAAUUUGCAAAUGGAUUACUAAAAGUUGUUAGAGAAAAACUGUUUGUAUCUGGAUACCAAACAUUAAGUAACUUAGUUGCGAAAGAAAUUGGUGAGUCACCUAUGGACACAAAGGCAUUGAAAUUAUUUCUUCAAAAAUUAGCAACCGAUGGCCAAAUAAAAAUUUUAAAACUUAAGUGGCCCACAUCUCCACAAAAGUAUUCUAUUUUAAUAUGUGCACCACAUAUAAAAGCUACUGACCCUAUUAUCAAAGCUAAACAUAAAGAUAUCUGUAUGAGAGCAUACUUAACCAAAGACACACAAAUCAAAGAAGCCAUAUCUUCCAGUAUCAAGAAACCAGUGUCUAAGUUUUCCUUCCCACGUUAUGUGAAAAUACAAAAACUUCAUGAAUUGGUUACAAAAUUAGCGUAUUUCAAUGACUCCCAAGUACUCAGUGAUCUUCCCGUCGGUUUUGGAUGCUUACAUGAUGUUAUUCUGGAAAUGACAGUGGAAUUUGCUAUUGGGAGUCUAAGUAACUUCGGAAACUUAAAUAUCUCAAAUUUAAUUGUAAAUGACGAAACACUAUAUCUGAAACUGAGAGAUUGUCCACCUAAGUUACACAGGGAAUUGUUACAAUCCAAAAACUUACAAAACUCUUUAAAAUCAAACUUAAAAACAUUAGCUGUACUUGGUCUUAUACAACUAAUUGGCCAAUCACCUGGGGCCGAUUCAACAAGCUAUAUUCCCGACUACAUGUACUAUGUAAAUCGCUCGGCUAAAAUAAUAGACACAGCAGGUGUAUGGCCUAGAAAAAAUGAAGAUGUCUCAGAUUUAGAAAGAUUUUUCUCCUUUGAAACUCAAGAUGAUGUCUCCACCUUUUGGACGGCUGUGUUCCAAAUCAGCAUUAAAACCGUUAUCGAUUUGCCAUCGCGCGAACAGAAUAAAAAAAUAAUCCCUCCCAUAAGAACACAGAAAGAAGUAUUGCAAAUAAAAGUUGGUGAAAGAAGUGGCGAUGGCAUGGGGCCUUGUGGAUAUGACUCCAGUUUCUUUAUGGACAUACCACGAUUAUGGCACAAGAGUGUGAAUGUUAAAAUUGACCCGAAAAUAAAUAAGAUAUUGUCUAAAAGACCGAAAUUUCCUAAAAUAGAAAAACACAGAACAAAAGUUAAAAGGAAAAAGGUAAAACCCAAGAAAGUAGUUACAGAGGAAGUACCAGCACCCAUUAAAAUAAAAAAAAGAAAUCGAACCAAUGACUCUUUGAUAACAUGGACAAAUGAGGAAGAUAUAAUUAUUAUGAUGUGUAAAACUGCUAUAACAAUUAUGAGUCCCACUUCACAGCCAGGUUGCCUUAGAGUUAGAAACCUUGUUGCCAAAGAUUUAUUGUCUAUGAAAGACCCUAAUAAAACUCAGAGUGUUUGUCAUAGACGAGCAAUGGUACUAGAAAGUAACCCUGUACUGGUUUAUGAAAAGGAACGCCUACUAAGUGAACUUCGUCGUCGACGACAUCUAUUGGUCAAAUAUGAAGGUUUUUUAAGAAAGAUCAGAAUUCGUUACCCAACCAACAUAGGAAAAUAUACAAGUGAGUCUAGAUUGCCAAUGUUGGAAUUAGUAUACAUAAUAAAUCAAGUCAGAAAUAGCAAAACAUUUACCCACCCACAACCUUGCAUUGCUCUCAGCCUGGAUGACUUCUAUAAAAAGUAUACACUUGUACCAAGUUCAGCUAAUAAGCCAUAUAACACAUAUAAAUCAAAACACGAAUCAGAAUUAGAGCUUCCUACACUAAAAGAAGCUAUUAUGUUCACUGUACUAUCCUGUAGUCAAGAAGUUCAUAUUUCAGUUGCAAAGAAAAUUUAUGCAAUGUUCAAAAAUUUCCCAGAAGUGAUGCUCCGAAAAGCAGUAGAUCAAUUACGUAAAUCUGGAGCAAUAACUCCCAAAGAGAAAAUUUUCAAUAACAAAUUACACAAAAUUAAUUUGCAAGAUUUAGUUGAUUCUUCAUAUAAGACAUCGGCUGCUUAUCAGCGUCGAUGGAUAUGCCGACUGAACUCUGAAUUCACCGACGAUAUUGCGCAAGUGUUGCAGAGUGAUAUAUCUCAGAAAGAAAUAAAUGGAUUGCCCGGUAUCAACUGUGUGUGUUGCGAGCUUAACACAUGUGGUUUGUUGGACAUUACAACACUGACUCCUUUACUCUAUACUGGGCCGUCUGACUCUUCCAUAUCUGAGGAGCAUCUUAGUGUAAUAGAUAUUGAAACCAAAUAUAAACUAAAAUCUGGAACACUGAACCUUGUUAAUAAAAGCAGCUUACAGACAUUUUCAGAAUUAUAUAAUUCACUUAAUAUCGAGGAAUCGUUGAAUGAAUUUUCAAGAAAAGCAAUAGUAAAGUGUGAAAAUAAUAUGGAACUUGCCAAUGAAAACAAAAUUAUAAAACACUUGAAUACAAAAUGUGAAAAAGGAGCUACAUUUAAAGAAUUAAAGAGAGUCACCAAUUAUGACAAUAAUACACUGAUUGAUCGGUUAGCUGAACUUGAAAAGAAUAAUACAGUAAAACGAGUAGGAUAUUAUGAUAACUGUGUUAUAUUGUUAAAGUUCUGUAAGCCUUGGACUGUAGUUUUGGAUAAACAAACCAUUGUUCCAUCACCAUGGUUUACUUUGGAAUUAAGUAUAAAAUUGGACGUAUUCUUAAAAUGGUGUGGUGUUAUUCUCAACAAAAUAUUCGAAUGUCCCGGCUGUUCAAUAAUGUAUUUGUCUGAGUCUUUUGAAGUAAUAACAGCUAAAAGCAUCCAAGAUAUAUGUGAGUUCUUGAAGGAUUGCCAAUGCCUUUCCAUGAAAAUAAUGGAAAUACAUGAGCCUGAUUUAUUCUCUGAUGACGAAAUACAAUUUGAGCUUGAAGAAUUUAAUCAAUAUGAGUCUCCUGAAAAUAUUAUGGUGUUCCCAGAAAAGGAUGCUAUUAGCAGAUAUUCAUAUAUAAGAAAAAAUAUAAUUAAUAACUACCACAAGGAGAAAGAUAGUGUAUAAGCUUUUUGUAGAAAUAUAAUAAUUUAUUAUGUUCUUCUACAUCUACAUA